AUGCUGACAGAAGACCAGGAUCUAUUCAAAAAUGUGCUUCCAAACCUCAUGGGCACUAUACGUGCAGCCACUGCAUUGGCUGCUCAAGACGUGAAUUUCUACAAAUCAGUGGAUCCAAAUAUCAGCGAGGAAAUUGAUAAACGAGGGAGGAAUCUUUUAACCAUCACCAAUGAUUUGCUUAGAACUGCUUCCUCCCAAACGAACCCAGUUGAUCCAAUACGUUUUGGUCAGGAAAACAUAUCAAGUGAGUCAUCAUGGAACCCCGUCAGUAAUGUCAUUGAUUCAAUAUUUGAAAAGAUUGAUUAUACAUUUGACCAGAUUAAUAGAAAACAAACUGGUGGUGGCGAGCAGAAGCAAUACCUUGAAGAUGGGAAUAGCCUUAUAUCAAAUGAUCAAGCUCAAAGAGUCGAAAAACCACAAUCGAAAUUCAAAGUUUCUGUUGAUAAUUCAGAACAAGAACCAUUCAAGCCUAAAAUCACCGGUAAACCCAAUGCAUUACAACCGUGGGAGUCAGUUAACAAGCUUACAAACCCAGCGCCAGUUUAUGAAGACUCAAUAGAAGUGGUUGAUCCUCCAUUCUAUGCGCACCCAUACGAGUAUGAAAUUGAUACUCAACCAUAUCCUAAAUCUAUUUUGUCAAAAUCAGACCCUGUUCCUCCAAAAGAUUGGAGCAGCACAAGUGCAAUUUGGGUUGACACGACAGAAGGCUUGAACAAAAUGAUUGAUGAGUUGCAGCAGCUGACGGAAAUAGCUGUCGACUUGGAACAUCAUGACUAUAGAUCCUAUUAUGGAAUUGUUUGUUUGAUGCAAAUUUCAAAUCGUGAAAAAGAUUGGAUCAUAGAUACAUUGGUGUUGAGAGAUGAUUUGUCUGUGUUGAACAAAGUGUUUACUGACCCCAAGAUCAUCAAAGUGCUUCAUGGUGCAUUCAUGGAUAUAAUAUGGUUACAAAGAGAUCUAGGCUUGUACAUUGUCUCGUUAUUUGAUACCUAUCAUGCAUCAAGACAGUUGGGAUUUUCUAAAUUUUCUUUACAGUAUCUUCUUGAUACAUUUGCUCAUUUCAGAACUUCAAAGAAAUAUCAAUUGGCUGAUUGGAGAAUAAGGCCAUUGCCUAAGCCAAUGUUGGCCUAUGCCAGAUCAGAUACCCAUUUUUUGUUAUACAUUUUUGACCAACUUCGAAAUAAAUUGAUUGAUAGUGACAAACUUGCUCAAGUAUUGUUUGAUUCAAGACAAGUGGCAAAGAGAAGAUUCGAAUACACGAAAUUCAGACCAUUGUCAAACAAUCUAGGAAGUAAGGUGUCAUGUCCAGUUAUGGCAGCAAAUCCUAAAGAACCAUGGGGAUCGCUCAUGUAUCAAUACAAUGUACCAGCAUUCAAGAGACCUGUAGUGGAACAGUUGUACAAAUGGAGAGAUUUGAUUGCGAGGAAAGAGGACGAGUCAGUAAGAUACAUCAUGCCAAACCAAUUGUUGGUCUCAUUGGCAACAUUGGAAUCUCCAGUUGAUGUGGGAAAGGUUCUCAAUGUACCGUCUUAUGUUUCGGAACACGUUCGAUUGAAUGCAAGAGAGUUGGCAAAAUUGAUUGACGAUACUUUGAAAGAGAGUGAGCAGAAUGACUGGGCGAUUGUUGACAAAUGGAGCAAUCAAUUAACGGUGGAAGCAGAGGAGCCAAAAGUGGAUAUAGAGUCUGUCAAUGGAUUAUUGGAAAAGCUAUUGUUGAAUAUGUCAGUGUUAUUUUCCGAUGGAUCGCUAUUGAAUAACAAUUCAUCGGUAGUUGUGCCUGGUGUUAAUGGCGUACGGAAGCAAACCUAUGAAUUUACUGAUACCGGCAUUGAAAAGCAUGAUUUUGACAAAGAAUGUGGCCAGCGUUUUGAAUUUGUGUGGAAGAAAUUGUGUGAGAUUGAUGGUGUUGCGUCGAUUUCUGGAAAAGAAUUGGAAGAUGCAUCCGAAGAGGAGGAAGUUGGCGAACCUAGUGAAACACCAAAUGUUUCCUCUUCCGGUGAGAAAUCCAAAACAGGUCAACAAGUAUUAUUUAGCAAGGAUGAAGACAUUGACCCUGAACAAUUGAUUGUACUUCGAAAAUCUAACAAGAGCUCUAAAAAGAAAAGCAACCAACCAGUUCAGGAAGAUGAGCCAAGUAUAGAUUAUGCCAAUGCUGAUAAAAUUCUCAUUGAUCCAAAAAAGCACGAAAAGAAAAAGAAGAGAUCUUUUGAUCCUUAUUCUAGAGAUGCAGCAGGACCAAAGCCAGUGAAGAGGAAGAAGGUUAUGGCAGAAGGUAAGACUUCUACUUACAAGUUGAAGCAAAGUAGGUUAAAGAAGUAG